AUCUGAAUGACUAAUAAUAAUAAUUAAGCAGAACAAAUCACUACUAGUUGAUCGGGACACAAUCCGUCUGGCGCCCACAAUUUAACACAAUCCGUCUCUCUCUCUCUCACUCUCCAAUCUCAGAAAACUCCUAACCCUAAACUCUUUGGCUUUGUUUGUGAUUUCAAUUCUUUGGGUUUGUUUCUGAUUUCAUUUGUUUGGUUUUCUUUCACUAUAUUUGACGAAAAGAGGGAUUAGAGCUGGUGUUGUUUCUGAUCUUUGGUUUUGUAUUUGGUUAAGCUUUACAUCUGGGUUUUCAUUUGUUAGCUUAUCAAGCCAGAACAAACAUGGAGAUGGAGGUCAUGGACAGCAAGUUUCUUAAUGUAGGGCUUCUCAUUGUGGCAACUCUUAUAGCUGCCAAAUUAAUAUCUGUCCUCAUAAUGCCAAGAUCACGAAAACGCCUUCCUCCGGUGAUAAAAGCCUUUCCUCCUGUAAUUGGUGGCCUCCUUCGUUUCCUAAAGGGACCCAUUGCUAUGUUGAAGCAGGAGUACCCAAAGCUUGGAAGUGUAUUUACCUUGAAUCUUGUCCAUAAGAAUAUCACCUUCUUAAUUGGCCCUGAGGUGUCUGCUUACUUUUUUAAGGCUUCUGAGACUGAUCUUAGUCAGCAGGAGGUUUAUGGCUUUAAUGUCCCAACGUUUGGACCUGGUGUGGUCUUUGAUGUAGACUAUUCCAUUCGCCAGGAGCAAUUUCGCUUCUUCACUGAGGCUCUUCGAGCCAAUAAGCUUAAGGGUUAUGUUGAUCAGAUGGUUACGGAAGCUCAGGACUACUUUUCCAAGUGGGGAGAUUCUGGGGAGGUUGAUUUGAAAUACGAGCUGGAGCAUCUUAUUAUUCUGACUGCUAGUAGAUGUCUCUUGGGUCGUGAAGUUCGUGACAAACUCUUUGAUGAUGUAUCUGCCCUAUUUCAUGAUCUUGAUAAUGGGAUGCAACCUAUUAGUGUUAUGUUUCCAUACCUGCCUAUACCUGCUCAUCGUCGUCGUGAUAGAGCCCGUAAGAAACUUGCAGAGAUCUUCUCAAGCAUUAUAUGCUCUCGAAAAUCGUCUGGUAAAUGUGAAAAUGACAUGUUGCAGUGCUUCAUUGACUCAAAGUACAAAGACGGUCGGGGUACGACUGAAGGAGAGGUGACAGGUCUUCUUAUUGCUGCACUAUUUGCUGGUCAACAUACCAGUUCCAUUACAUCUACAUGGACUGGAGCUUACCUUCUUCAAUACAAGAAAUUCCUUUCUGCUGUCGUUGAAGAGCAGAAAACUAUAAUGAAGAAGCACGGGGAGUAUGUAGAUCAUGAUGUUUUAUCCGAGAUGGAAGUCUUGCAUCGAUGCAUCAAAGAAGCGCUUAGACUUCAUCCUCCAUUGAUUAUGUUACUCCGCCAGUCGCACAGUGAUUUCAGUGUGACUACACAAGACGGUAAAGAAUAUGACAUUCCAAAGGGUCAUAUUGUUGCCACCUCGCCAGCAGUUGCAAACCGUCUCUCACAUAUAUACCAAGAUCCAGACAGCUACGACCCUGAUCGUUUUGGCCCUGGGAGGGACGAGGACAAGUUAGCAGGACAGUUCUCGUACAUUUCUUUUGGAGGCGGUAGGCAUGGAUGCCUUGGAGAGCCUUUUGCUUAUUUGCAAAUAAAGGCUAUAUGGAGCCAUCUUCUGAGGAACUUUGAGUUUGAACUAAUUUCUCCAUUCCCAGAGAUCGACUGGAACGCUAUGGUGGUGGGCGUAAAGGGGAAGGUGAUGGUGAGAUACAAGAGAAAAAAGCUUCUUGUUGACUGAUUUGAUGAUGGGUUAUAGCCUAAGUAAAAGAUUAGGUUUGCUGGAUGUCAGUUUGGCUAAGAAGUAAGAACUCUUUCUUUUUCAAAGAUUCAUCUGAUCUAUUUUAUGCCUUUAAAGCCCUUUUCCAUAAAAUAGUUGGAUUUGGUUGUAUUUCUUAUGUUUAUUUAGGUUCUGUGAAUUUCCAGAAAUAUCUUGUUAUUUCGUGAAUUUUGAAAUUCACCAGUCACUGCUCUAUUUUGGUUGA